AUGAAGACUAACAAGGAAACAAUAAAGAAAAAUCUGGUCAGGGAGUUGGCCAUAAAGAUGAAAAACAAACAGUCCAAAACUGAUAAAGGUUCUCCAUCUGCAGAACCAUCCCUUCCAACUGAAAGUGCUUCACUCACUUCAAAGCUGCAACCCCCAACUCAAACCAAGUCCCCGACUCCAUCUCUUUCACCUGGAAGUAGGCGAUCAUCACAAAGGAACAAGAAGUUAGAACCAAGUGCUGCUGUUUCUUCUCUAACUAAAUGUACAACAACUCCAAAGCGUCGUCUACAACCUGAAAGUGCUGAAAUGUCAUCACCAACUACAAGAGACAGGCUACUAGGAAGAAGAAUGUGCAAUCUGAAAGUGCUCAACAUUCACAGACCACAACUACAAAGUCCCAAUCAAAAAGCUCUGAAGGAGAUACUGAAAAAUCUGGAGUGGGGCGAAAGAAUGGAUCCACACGACACUCUCGCAGAUUUUCAAGAUGAAGAAGAAGAGGAAGAGGAGGAGGAAGCUGUGGAAGAGGAUAACUCUGAUCAUGUGGAGCCUGAUGUGGAAGAAGAGAACGAUAAUGAUUCUGCUGAUCCGAAAAGAACAAUUUCCUUCAACUCUAAUGAACAACCGAUUGGUGAUCCAUCUGUGCAACUUGCCAGUGUGCUAGGGGUGCUUGUUCGGAAACUUCCAUUAACGUACAAGGAUUGGAGACUUGUCCCUUAUGAAGCCAAAGAAAACAUAUGGAAGAUAGUCUCGGUUCGCAAUUGA